AUGGAAAAUGAAGACAACUUUGAACUCACUGAAGAACACUUUUCAAGUAUCGAAUUACAUAAUGAAGAUUUAGCUAUUGUAAUGGAUGAACAAACAGUUGGCAGUUGGGAUAAACUUGAUUUUGUUGAAUUAUAG